CGUGUGAGCUGCGCAAAAAAGAAAAAAAGGAAACAGGAAAGGGGGGUGCGUUCCCUUGGGCUGGCCGUUUCAUUACCAUAACUCAUGCUAUGUAAUCUCCUCUUGUGUCAUCAUCUCAAAGUCCUCUUCAAUCUCAUCCCUCUCUCUCCCUUAGGGUUUUCCUCAGAUCAAAAAACACCCCCAAAUAAAUUAUUCACACACAGACCCAGAUGGGUAAGAAGAGAAAGUCUCUUGCAUCAAGCCUAGACGAGGUAGAUCGAAGCAUGUACUCCACUUUUUGCAACGGCGCUAACGCUAUUUCCCAGCUUUAUUCUCAGGCUAUGAAUCAUCAGAAGAUCUCUUUUCAAUCUGGGGAGCGUCAUGGCUUGGAAAAACUUUAUCAAUGGAUAUUGAGACAACAAGAGGGAGGAUCAAGAGUGACUACAGCUGACAUACUCUCAUACAUACAGGCUGAUUUGGACUAUUGUGGAGAGGAGCCAUCUUUAUCACCUAGAGCUCCACUGCAGAACCAACUGCAAGCUGCAUCUUCUGGCCUCUCUGGUGGACCAACGGCUGGACAGGUUUUCCGAUCAGAACACAACGAUCAACAGUCCAAGAGUUAUGUUUUCUCUAAUGCUCUUUCAAGCCCUGUUCGUAGGAGCCUUCAAAACUAUCAUAUUUCUCAAGGAGAAUUUGACCCAAAUGGCGUACAACACCCUACUACUGGAACUCGGAAUAACAGGCCCAAUUCCGCUCAACUGCAGAACAGCAACUCAAAUGAUUCCUCUAUGGACAUGCAUUCGGAUAGUCCUGGUCAUGAAUCAACUUUUUGAGUACUGAAGUAGUUUCAGUCAGAAGAUGCUUGCCAUGUGUUAAACAGAAGUGUUGGAAUGGCUGUUUCGGCUCCAUUAUUUAUCUGGAAGGAAGCACAAUGUGGGAUUGAUUGCUUCAUACAAAGGUGACUCGAGUGUCAAAAGUAAAGUGGAUACAUUGUGUAAUGUGUUUUCACUUGGUUAAAGGCAUUGUGGUGAUCACAAAACCUUUUCAAGUGUGGCUUUCUUUUUUUAUAUUGUUAUCCAUUUUGGAUGAAUCAACCAAGUUCUUUUACCCUUCUAUUUCUGUGUAAAGAGUCUGUCAUGGGAUUGUGAUGUAUUAGUUAUUGACUAAGUUGGUUGCUUAUUUCAUAUGGUCGGUGCACCAUGUUUGGCA